GGGAGAGGUGGUGAGGCCAUGUACUUCAGCAACCAUGGACCAGCACAUUGGGAAACUCUAUAGAUCUGCAGUCUCUUCAUUCAUCUUCUUCUUGAUGGUGGAUGUAGGAGUUACUGGUGGACGUGCAAACAGGGAGAAUGCAGCAGCUGUGAUUCAUGUAACAGCACAGCCUUUGUGGUUGACACCUGAGCCUUGGAACCUUUUGGUGACUCAAACACCAGCCAAGGAGAAAGCCAAAGAGGGUGAAACUGUGGUCUUGAACUGUCAGCUUAACAGUCCACAGCAUCCCUCCCUGACCGACCUGAUGGUGAAAUGGUACAAAGAAGAUGAAAAGGGGCAGAUGGACCUGCUAGAAAAGAAUGUGACCAUCCUGCCAAAUAAUUCCAGGAUCUUCAUGAGUGGAGACUUGUCCCAAGGGGAUGUUUCCCUGACUAUCCUCAAUGUGACAACCAGUGACCAUGGCAUUUAUUUCUGUGAGGUUACACUUCCGGACGGGAAGGUGGUGACUGGAGAUGGCACAAAGCUCAGGAUCAGGAGGGCUCUGGGCUUGUUUGGUAUAGAAGAAUCCAUUGGAACAAUCAUUGGGGUUGUGGCAGCUGGUAUUGGAGGCAUUGUGGUUCUGAUCGUUGUUUUAACCCCACAGCUGAGGAAGUGCGUCCUCUGCAUGAGACAGGAGUCUCACCAAAGAGCUUGAGGUACAGCAUUGCAGGAGUCGCUGGGAUAUGCAAAGCCUGCAGAUGGAACAACUUCUGAUGCCCCAUAAGCCAAAA